AUGGAGGUGCUCAGCCCCCUACAGGGCAACAACACCACGUCGUCCCAGGGUCCCUUCGGGACACGCGCCAACGCUACUGGCAUCUCCGACGUGACCUUCAGCUACCAAGUGAUCACCUCUCUGCUGCUGGGCACGCUCAUCUUCUGCGCGGUGCUGGGCAAUGCGUGCGUGGUGGCCGCCAUCGCCUUGGAACGCUCCCUGCAGAACGUGGCGAACUAUCUUAUAGGCUCGCUGGCCGUCACAGACCUCAUGGUGUCGGUGCUGGUGCUGCCCAUGGCCGCGUUGUACCAGGUGCUCAACAAGUGGACCCUGGGACAGGUCACCUGUGACCUGUUCAUCGCCCUCGACGUGCUGUGCUGCACCUCGUCCAUCCUGCACCUGUGCGCUAUCGCGCUGGACAGGUACUGGGCCAUCACAGACCCCAUCGACUACGUGAACAAGAGGACGCCCCGGCGCGCAGCUGCACUCAUCUCGCUCACCUGGCUCAUUGGCUUCCUCAUCUCCAUCCCGCCCAUGCUGGGCUGGCGCACCCCGGAAGACCGCUCGGACCCCGACGCGUGCACCAUCAGCAAGGACCAUGGCUACACUAUUUACUCCACCUUCGGCGCUUUCUACAUUCCGCUGCUGCUCAUGCUGGUACUCUACGGGCGCAUCUUCCGAGCCGCACGAUUCCGCAUCCGCAAGACCGUCAAGAAGGAGGAGAAGAAGGUAGCCAACAACGGCCUUGGGGCGUCGCCAGCCCCGCAGCCCAGAAAGAGCGUCAAUGGUGAGCCGGGUAGCAAAGACUGGAGGCAGGGCAUGGAGAACAAGGCAACAGGGGCUCCGUGCGCCAAUGGAGCCGUGAGGCAGGGCGAAAAAGGAGCCGCCCUGGAGGUGAUCGAAGUGCACCGGGUGGGCAACUCCAAAGAGCACCUGCCGCUGCCCAGCGAGGCCGGUGCUGUCCCCUGCGUCCCCGCCUCCUUCGAGAAGAAAAAUGAGCGCAACGCCGAGGCCAAGCGUAAGAUGGCCCUGGCCCGCGAGAGGAAGACGGUGAAGACGCUGGGCAUCAUCAUGGGCACCUUCAUCCUCUGCUGGUUGCCCUUCUUCAUCGUGGCCCUGGUCCUGCCCUUCUGCGAAAGCAGCUGCCACAUGCCCACCCUGUUGGGCGCCAUAAUCAACUGGCUGGGCUACUCCAACUCUCUGCUCAACCCUGUCAUUUACGCCUACUUCAACAAGGACUUCCAAAACGCAUUUAAGAAGAUCAUCAAGUGCAAGUUCUGCCGCCGAUGA